GUACGUCCAGAGCCUGCUGGACAUCAUGGAGUUCCUCGACAGGGACCCUGAGGACCAGGCCACCCUGGGACAGUUCACGGACGCCCUGGUCACCAUCCGCAACCGGCACAACGACGUGGUGCCCACCAUGGCGCAGGGGGUCAUCGAGUACAAGGAGGCCUACGGGGACGACCCCGUCUCCAACCAGAACAUCCAGUACUUCCUCGACCGUUUCUACCUGAGCCGCAUCUCCAUCCGCAUGCUCAUCAACCAGCACAGUGAGCGGCCCCGGGGAGGAUCGAGUGUGACCCCGUGCCUUGCGCAGAUCUACCGGGAAGCACUGCGGGAUCCCGCACAAGCAGCCUGGGAUCCAGUGCCCAAGAAGAUCUCUUUUGAUUCGUUAUGGGAUGUCAGACCCUGA